AUGGCGCACUGGAGCCCGUACGACAACAACGGCGGCACGAGCAUGGCGGUGGCGGGGAGCGACUUCGCGAUAGUGGCGGGGGACACGCGCCUGUCCACGGGCUACAGCAUCUACACGCGCUCCGCCUCCAAGAUCUUCCGCAUCUCGGACCGCUGUGUGCUGGUGAGCUCGGGCUUCCAGGCGGACCGCCGCAUGCUGCAGAAGGUGCUGCACCAACGCCACGAGGUGUACCAGCAGCAGCACAACGAGGAGAUGGGGUGUGAGGCGAUGGCACAGCUGCUAGCCAACACGCUCUACUACAAGCGCUUCUUCCCCUACUACACCUUCAAUGCCCUCGCCGGAUUGGAUGUUAACGGAGUGGGGUGUGUGUAUGGGUACGACGCAGUGGGGUCACACGAGCGUCUGGGGUACGUGGUGCACGGCACGGGGCAGCAGCUCGUGGUGCCCGUGCUCGACUCCCAGCUCAAAGCCGCCAACCCGCUCGUGCUGCCUCCCCAGCCGCUAGCAACGAAGCUAUCACAGGAGGAGGCGGUGGAUCUCAUCAAGGACACCUUCGCCUCUGCUGCAGAGCGCGACAUCUACACCGGCGACGCAUUGGAGAUUGUGGUGAUCGACAAGAAUGGUGUGCGGCGGGAGAUCAUGGACCUGCGCAAGGACUAG